AUGUCGUCUCAGCAUAGAUCCUCCAUCGCUUCUCGAUCAGAUAAUCACCAUCGUUCUCAUGCAGAACCGGAUGGAUCUGGUCUCCACCGGCCUCGUACGAUCACAAAACACUAUCCCGGUGAUGAAGACGGAUGUCAGGAUUCUGGAUUGUGGAAAGCACCGAGUAACGAAGAGGACCGGCACGUGCCCACAGUCGCAGACCAAAGGAGGGUCCCCGACCAGUCCGAAUGUCUUGAUCAGCUGCUCGACCAUGGAGCCACGAGAAGAAGAACCAGAGACCGUUCGUCGCGGCGAACCAUUCCUGAGGAGGAGGACCGACGAUCGAGCGAGACCAUGCAGAAGGAAAUGUCCGACGACGAGAAACCGAAACGUCUAUCCUGGAGGCAGCGGUUAAAACAUGUCACUUGGGCAUGGUUUACAAUGACCAUGGCUACUGGAGGAAUUGCCAAUGUGCUUCACCGCGUGCCCUACCGGUUCCACGGUCUCUACACGAUCGGCGUCAUAUUCUUCCUGCUCAACAUCGUCUUCUACAUCCUCAUCUGGGCCAUGAUGAUCGCCCGCUUCACGCUGUACCCCUGGACCUUCCGGGCCAGUCUGACGCAUCCGACCGAGUCACUCUUUGUGCCAGCAUUCGCCGUGUCGUUUGGCACGAUCUUGAUCAACAUCGUCGAAUACGGCGCCGGACGGGUGGGCGAAUGGCUGACCCACGCCGUGCUGGUUCUUUUCUGGCUGGACGCCGCCAUCGCCGUGGUUCUCAGUAUCGCCAUCUACCUGAUCCUCUGGUCGACCUUGACCUUCACGAUCGCCCGCAUGACGCCCAUCUGGAUAUUCCCAGCCUACCCGCUCCUGAUCGUCGGCCCGCACGCCGCCAACCUGUCCGGAGAAGCGCUGAGUCCGCAUCAAGCGAUCCGCGUCAUCGUGGGCGGCUUCACAAUCCAAGGCAUCGGCUUUCUCGUCUCGCUGACCAUCUACUCCGCCUUCGUCUACCGACUCAUGACCCAGAAGCUGCCGGCGGAACCUCUCCGGCCGGGCAUGUUCGUGUCCGUCGGCCCCUCGGCCUUCACGGUCAGCGGCACCAUCGGCAUGGCCAACAACCUGCACCGCGUGAUCGCCUCGACCCCGGGGGCGAUGUUCAUGGAUGUCCCCGGGGCGCUGGCCGCGCAAAUCCUACGGCUGGUCGCGAACUGGGCGUGUCUCUGGCUGUGGGGCUUGGCUUGGUGGUUCUUCUUCGUCAGUCUGGUCUCCAACGUCGAUUGUCUGCGCCACAAGCAUCGCAUGCCCUUUGCAAUGACUUGGUUUAGCUUCGUCUUUCCGCAGACCGCCCUGACCACCGCCACGUUUGCCGUCGCCGAAGCCUUCGACGUGCCUGCCAUCCGCAUCAUCGGCUGUGUCAUGACGUGUCUGCUGGUGCUGGUCUGGCUGCUUGUCAUUGCGUUCAUGGUCCGUGCUUUGGUCCAGAAACAGCUCCUCUGGCCGGAGAAGGGCGAGGACAAGACCGAGGGCGGCUUCAAGGCGCCAGACAAGGAGGCCGUGCUUGUGCCUACGGCCAUUGGGCGUGAGGAGGGUUUUGGAACAAGCGCUGCCGUCGCCGAGGAGAAUAGAAGGAUGAACUUUGCUAAUGUCGACGAUGAUGAUAAGGAGAAGAAUGUUUGA